GUGGGGCGUCCGGGCCUGCGCAGUGCCGGGCGCGGCAGGUGGAGCGGGAGCCCGGGCGGCACCGCGUCGCCAUUACACAAUAGCGCGGGCGGCGCGGGCGGGCGGCGGGCGGCGCAGGAGGCGGGACGCGGGGCCCCGGAGCUGUCGAUCGGGGACAAAGCGCGGCCGCCCGGCGCCCCCCGAGCCGCCCGAGCCGGGGCGCAGCCCGCGCCCCCCGCGACUGACAUGAUGUUUCCGCAAAGCCGGCACUCGGCCAUGACUUCCCUGUGGCUUUGGCUGGGACCUGGGAGGAACCCCACAGGGCACUCCUUGUGGCAGGGCAGCUUUUGGGGGGGUCCACCCCUGAAGAGCACACCCCUGAGGAAACAGGGCUCCUCCCACCUCCCCCAGCAGCUCAAGUUCACCACCUCCGACUCCUGCGACCGCAUCAAGGAUGAGUUCCAGCUGCUACAAGCGCAGUACCACAGCCUGAAGCUGGGGAGUUGGGGUCCCAGCCACGGGUCUCCGUUUGACCCUAGGCUGGACCUGUUUUAUAGGAUCCAGUGGUGAGUGGGCAUGGGGGUGCAGGCCCAACCUUCCAGCUCUCACACAGUCAGGCGAAUGUUGUUCUGGGCUAGCCUGAGGUACAGAACAAACCUCUGUCUCAGAAAAUGAACUAAUAAUAAUGAUGAUAGUAAUGAUAAAAUCUUUAAAAGACCCUUAGAUUUCUCCAAGAAAAAGGUAAACCUCAGUGUUUGUGGAGUUUUCUAUUUUAAAAAAUUAUUUUAUUUAAGUUUUUGGUAUUUAUUUUGAGACAGGGUCUUAUGUGGCCCAGGCUUUCCCUAUAUAGCCAAGGAUGACCUUGAGCUGCUGACAGGACAGGACAGGCAAGGCCCAGGGGGUGCUAGGCCAGCCAUCUACCCGCUGGGCGGCUCCCCCAGCAUUUGCCAUUUUAAAGAGGAAUUUAGGGCACCAUUUUGAAGAGGGAUUUAGGCACCAGUGCAGGCUAUGCCCGCAUGGCUCUGGGACCACUCUUAGGGUGACUUCUGCCAGGACCUGCAGGGCAGACAGAGGCUGUGUGUCAUCCCAUAGGCAGAUGCCAUCUCUGAGCUGCAUUGUGCUGCCCUCUGUGCACUGGGCCUGGGUUCGGGACUGGGGAGCGGACCUCGUGCACUCACGGUCGAGCCGCAAUAGCCUUAUUUAUUGUGUUUGUGUGUGUGUGUGUGUGUGUGUGUGUGUGUGUGUGUGUGUGUGUGCGCGAGAGAGAGAGAGUAUGAGAGAGAGAGGGAGGGAGAGGGGCCACAGUGUGACUCAGGGUCCACCACUCAGUCUUGCAUCCCUGAGCGAGUGCGGCCUUCACUUGGAGAGCAUAUCAGAAGUUAGCUGGGCUAACAAGCCACGCUUUUCCCAUUGCUCCUGUCUGAGCCACAGGCCCUUGAGCGGCUGAGCCUGUUCAGGGCUGGCCGAGAACAGGGUCACUGUGCAGGCUGUGUUGGCCUCCCGUUCCUGACCCUGUGGCUGCGCUAGGCUGGCUUUAUGUUUGUUUGUUUUUUGUUUUUUGUUUUUUUCCAGGACAGGGUCUCACUCUGUAGGACAGGAUGGCCUCAAACUCACAGACGUCUACCUGUCUUACCCUCCCAAGUUUUGAGGGCCUUUUGGAUUUAAAAAGAAAUAUUUUGAUGGGCUUGUGGGCACAGGACUUUAACCCCAGCACUCAGGAGGCAGAAGCAGGCAGAUCUCUGAGUUCCAGGACAGCCAGGGCUACACAGAGAAACCCUGUCUUGGAAGAGAGAGAGAAUGGGGGGGGGGAGGUAGUGCUGUUGUUGAGGUGGAAGUCAGAGGACAACUUGGGGGAGUCACUGCUAGGCAAGAGCCUACCCCACUGAGUAGCCUCAUAGGUCUGGAAAGCAAGCCACAGACCCAAUCCCUUGAUUCCACUGACCUGUCCUGGUCCAGGAAGGUUGCCACUACAAAGAGAAAGCAAGUGGAGUCCAGAAAGGUAGAACAGCCAACCUAGAAUCACACAGCAGCAGAAGGCAAAGAGACCCCAGCCUCCAGCCCCGAUGAGACUAGAGAGAUGGGCUGGACCUGAAGAAGUUUCCUGAAGCCAGGACACCAUGGGGUGUCUGUUCCUUUCAGCCCUGGGCCAUCUCAGUCUUCAGCAUUUGUUGUUGUGUGGAGAUAUCUCCCCAGGUUUGAGUACUCGGGUUACCGCCGGCUGUGUGACCUUGAACCUCUCACUCACCCUCUCUGGGCACCCACUGAAUCCCAUGUUAAGAUGAGAUAGGGGGAUGACAAGUUCUGCAGCCCUCAUCUCCUGCAGGAAGGUACCUCUGACUUUGGUGGUUGUUAUUCCAUUGAGAAUGCUUUUGGAAUUUCAGUAGGGGAAACUGAGUAACCUCGCCUGCCCAGGAUUGCAGAAAACCCAGGGGUGUCCUUAAAUGCAGCCAGAUGUGGUGUUUGGCCCUGUCUCAGUUUGCAUCUUGGGGCUGUGGCUCAGUUGGCAGGAGAAUCAGGACUUCAAAGUCAUCCUCAGCUACAUAGUGAGUUCAGGGCUAGCCUGAGCUACAUGAGACCCUGUCUCAAAAAAAAAAAAAGUUUUUGGCUUGACCCUCCAGAGGUGCCCCCUACCCCGAGGGGACCUCAGUUGCCUUCCCUUGUGUGU